CCUUCUUCAAACGGCGGUAACUUGUGAUCCCGACGCCUCGAAAAAAGUAGAUGAUUAUCCAAAGAGGAGAUGGUAUACAAUCCAUAUGCAAAGAAGCGCCCUCGACCCGCUGGAUGGGGAGCAACGGCCUCCAUUGAUUCACAGGCAAGCGGCUCGCGUGGAUCGGUUUCGAGACCCCUUCCAACUUCUGCCGUCAGCGAUAAGCAUCAGGACCACGGUCCUCGCAUUCUAGGCGCACCAGAACGUUCGAUGAAUCAAAAACACCAAAUAGACAGAGAUUUUGCCAAAAGCGGCAGCCACAUGUACGAGAAAGUCCAACAAGGUGUAUUAGGCAGAAUAGGCAACAAAAGUUUCAGAACAUCCGAUAGACUCCCAGCAGCAGCAGCAGCAGCAACAACAAUAUCAACAACAAUGGUCUCGCUCCCCAAAGCAACUCGUCGACCGCUACAAAAAAGAGCCCUUCUGUCCAAUCCCUACAUGAAAAACUCUGCUUCAAAUGAUUCGGGGAUUCUGUCGAAACUCCCUCCGACACUGCCAUCGAGAACUAUCCGUCCCCCCACACAAAAUCCAAUCAGAGAUUCAUACGGAACCACAAAUUCCAAUCACACCAUCGUAUCCACACUACCGAAUAAAACAUCACUAUCGACAAUCUCAUCGACAGCGAUGAAUGAUCCUUGUUCCAUGCAAAAAACUCAGCCUAACAACCCUUACGUAAAAACAACCGCCAGGAACGACACAAUUGGUUUAACACGAAGGAAUAGUUAUGGAAAAGACGCGAGAAACAGCGUUUCGUCGAAAGAAACAGGUGGAAAUUCUCUAAUACAUGGGAAAAUGCGCCUACCUCAACCGAAAGUGCCAAGCGUUGUUGACGGUAUCGCACCGGUGGUUCGUGGGGAAAGUGCUAUGAACACCACUGUUGCUUUGCCAUCACGCAUGGCAUCUAUUAGACCCGCUUCGUGGCAGAAAACAACAACCUCUGCUAACGCUUCCAGUAGGUCUCAACCGAUUCCCACUGUGUCUACCAAAAGCGUUUCGAAUCACUCCUAUGGAAACAGCUCCUCCCAGAAUGAUACUACUAACCAACCACAGCACCGCCACCAAAAAAUCGAAGAUACAGCUGACUGGCUCCCCCCUGAAUUGGCAUACAGUCCCGACGAGGUCAAGCCCAUCCAAGACCAAUAUCGCAUGCCGUUGAUAAAAAACGCCAACCUUUCGGCCCCCCUUAGAAACGGCUGGACUUUGUUCCCGCACCAAAAGAAGGCCAUCAUUCGUGGGCUCACAAUGCGACGAAUGAUCUUGGCACUCGACAUGGGACUCGGCAAGACGCUGAUUGGCGCCGUCUGGUCCAAGGCAUUCAAAGACACCUUUGGGCACAACAAACUAAAGGUGUAUGUCAUCUGUCCGGUGACGUUGAAGGAAGAAUGGAAACGCACCGCGGAAGAAAAAGUAGGAUUGGGGGUUGAGGAAGACCAACCCGGUCGGGGUAGCAAGUCGAAUGCAAGAAAAACCAAAAAGCCCGCAAAACGAAAGAAAAGUCACCAGGAUGGAGACUGCCAAAUUGAGGACGUGGAUAAAAUGCACGGCAGCGACCUCAAAAUGUCAAUAUGCAGCUGGGCAAAAGUUCCAAAAGCGAUUGAACCCUGUGUAGAACACUUUGUUGUGUGUUGUGACGAGGCGCAUGCUAUGCAAUCCACGCAAUCACAACGCACAAAAGAUGUAUUGAACUUAGUGCAUGACAAGAGGUAAGGAGUUUCUCGCAAGGACACGCGCGAGGAAUGCAUGACUGCAGUUUCUUUGAACAAAAACUCUGACGCUUUUGACCCUGGCUUCAUCUGUUUCAUUCGCAAAAAACAAUUUCUCUUGAAUCAAACUCCUUUAAGAUGCGUUGGUGUUCUAUUGCUAACUGGAACUCCAAUGAAAAAUGGAAAGCCCGGAAAUUUGUUCCCAUUGCUGAAAGCGGUUCGACACCCCUUGGGAAGGCACCAGAAAGCCUACGAAGCUCAUUUUUGCAAUGGGAUGAUCAAAAAUUUUGGAAGGGGUCCUCAAUGGGACGCAUGCGGUGCUUCCAAUCUAGAUCAGCUAAGAAGAAAGGUCGCUUCCAAUCUUCUCCAUAUGACGAAGGAGCAGUGCUUAACGGAACUGCCACCGAUGACCAAAAUAUUCCACGAUGUGCCUGUAAGUAGCCGUUUCCAAGUUCAAUACGAACAAUCAAUAAAAAAUCUAGCCAGCAUACAGGCCAAUUCCAGCAAUAUGAGAGAAGAGGCAGUCCUUGGUGCAGUCCAGAGACUUCGGGUCGUGUGUGCUGCUGCCAAAGUCGAUGCGACGGUCGAAAUGGCAAGAUCGAUCCUCAACAAGGAACCCGCGAUAGUGAUUUUUUCGAGUUUUGCACAAGUGGCCAAAAGCAUUCAUUCCAAGCUCGUUGCCAGUAAAUGGCAAUGCAGCCUUCUCACGGGUGAAACUCCAAAAAAGAAACGGCAGGAAAUGGUGGAUAGAUUCCAAAAAGGGCUCUCGGCCGUCUUCGUGUGCACCUUCGGAGCCGGUGGUGUCGGGCUCACUCUGACAGCUGCCUCUACAAUCAUUUUGCUCGAUCGUCCGUGGACACCCGGAGAAACCAGACAGGCCGAGGACCGAAUCCGGAGAAUUGGCCAGGUCAAAGACUGUACGUCUUACUGGAUUCGUUCCUUCGACUUGGACAAGCAAAUCGAUGGGAUGCUAGAAUCAAAAAGCCAAACCGCCAAUGCCGUUCUCGACAAAAACGGGAACCAAAGCUCCACUACUGGUGGUGGAGGAGGGAAAAUUUCCAUCACCCAGCUGGUCCAUAAAUUUGUGGUUUCUGAAUCAAGAAAACAACUCUGAGUUCUCGAAGACCGGUAUCGCGUACUUCAACUGCAGUUCCAGUCAUGAAACUGCUUUCAAUUGUAAAAGCAAGUUGGUCGACACCUGCUGGUAUGCACAAGAAGGAUCACGAGCAGUCACGAGAAAGAAAAACACAGCACGGGAUCCAGAAUAAAGCGCACACCGAACUGGUCAUGCUGAAUCUCGACGAGUGUUCGCAAGAUAAUCUGGGAAACGAUGUCACGAUGUCAUAGAGUUUAGUAAGUUGAUCAAUCACAGACCCUCUUGAUAUGUUUACUUCAUUAUAUUCUGUCACAAGACUUAAUCGGUGCAUAGGUAGCUCUGUUUGAUUUUCGGAUUGUUCCGCUUUCUCCCGAGAGGUGGGGUGAGAUGCUGCCCUCGGUGGAGAACCUAGAAACCAUUUCAAAAGUGUUACUCUCGUACGAAAAUGAAUGAUCUAUUGUUUU